UCGAUGCAGCAUAGAAGUGUGAGAGUGCUCUUUGAGGACAAACAAGUAUGGUGCUACAUGUGAAGCUGUCUUACAAAAAAUCAACUGUUCACAACUGCCCGAAGUGCACCUUCUCCACACGUAACAAGCCAGUGUUUGAUCGCCACCGACAACGUUGUUCCCAUAGCAACAACAAUGUUUAUAAAGCGCUUAUUGCUGAAAAUAACCCAGGUAGAGACACAAUGAAUGUUGUACAGACUACUGCGAGAAAAACAUUCAAAAAUCGUAGUAAGGUGAAUCAAAUUGGUGCAAAACUCGUCCAAAAGGCGAUAUCUCCCAAGAAGCAGAAAGCGUUGCAUACACGCAACUAUAAAUGCCCGGACUGCAAGUUCCACACCCUGAAAUCGAAGGCGUAUCUGUUUCAUCAGGUGAAACUUCAUGGUGCAGCUUUCCAGCAUAUUGUGGGAUGUACACUAUGUGAUUACGCCUCACGAUGGAAGUGCAAAAUCGAGCGCCACCAGGCAUUAAAACACAAAGGUGCGGGAACAUCAAAGACACUUUGGAACUCAUCCAUGGAUGUAGAUCUCUGUUCACUCUCCCCAAGCAGUAGCAAUGCAGAAAACAUAGAUGUACCCUUGGCGCAAAAUGGCGGCAGACGUCGCAAACCUGCCACGGUGAUGCGUGUUGUCAACAAUCCAGAUUCUGAUGAGGACCAUGAAGUUAGUUUCCCGAAUCUUAAAGAAGACAGUGGCGAAAAGAAGAAACCAGAGUCUGCUAUUUUCGAGGAUUUAUCCAUUCCAGGCCAGUCCAAGUUUAAAUGUAAACUUUGUCAUUUAACGAGUCACCAGCAGCUCAUCAUUGAGAGGCACUACCAUUCCAGACAUAACUCCACCAAACAGUUGCAGUGUACCAAGUGUGAUUACACAACCUCAAGCAAGGUGGAUUUUUUCGCCCAUAAAGCCAAACAUUCCAGUGAGAAUAGUAUGCAUUUGCAGUGUAAACAAUCCUCUUUUGGGACAUCAUCGCAAAGUGACGUCACUCAGCAUAUGAUGUCACAUAGAGAUGUUUCCUUGUUGCGAUGUCAGCUAUGUGAGUAUGUGACGGAGGAUUCAGCACACCUCAACGAUCAUGUUGAGAUGUUCCACCUUGAACCAGAAGAUGAAGAGGGAACUGCGGUUAUCACUGCUGAACAGAUGGAGAAGGCCAUGGAGAAGACAUACUAUGAGACACAUGAUACCAACAAACCUAAAUACACUGCUCUCCUUGCAGAGAAUGACCACGUGUGUAAGUUAUGUGGAUACGAUGCCCGCUGUAAUGCAAACCUCAAGAUCCACAUGGUGACACAUUCCAAUGAGCGUGGCUUCCCAUGCAAGCUAUGCCAUCAUAAAUACAAGCGAGCUUCAGAUCUUAACAGACACAUGAAGAAGAAUCAUGGUCUUACAUUGUCAGACUUGAGAAAGACACCACUUUCUGAUAUUCAAACUUCCAGCAAACCAUCCAGCCCUAAUCCUCCUACCAUUUUGAUCUCAGACGACCAGCCUCUGAAUCUCUCUGUAAAGCCAAUUAAAAUGCCACGCUUGGAUAUCCAACCUCGUUCUGAAUCCAAGAUGGCUGCUCUCCCACCCGCUGUUGAGAAUAUCUACGAUCCUGAACAACCUCUUGAUUUAUCAGUGAAGUCAGAACCAAUGGAAAUUGAGAGCAUCGGUGGUCUAGAGCCCAUGAAUUUGAACUGUAACAGCUGCAGUUAUAUCGCUAAAUGGCCAAGUGAUUUGCGACGCCACAUGCUGGUUCAUUCCAUAGAGAAAAGAUUCCAGUGUCCAUAUUGUGACAAACGCUACAAGUACCCAACUGACAUGAACGUACAUAUCAAACGCACCCACAAGAAACCUGGUCUGCAAUAUAGUGAACGAGCACCUUGUGUUAACCGCUCAAAGCCUACACCAGCUGGUGACUAUAGAUGUCAGCUUUGUGACUUCCAAACAACAUUCAAGUCUGCAUUAGAUCGCCAUUACCGAAUCCACACUGGGGAAAAGCCAUUCCACUGUACAUUCUGUAUUUAUGCAUCGUCAUGGCGAGGAGACCUAAAGCGUCAUCUUGAGAAGCAUCACAUGGAGAAACUGCGGGAAUUGGACAUAAAUAGUUUAUUGGAUCCAGUAACACCAUCUAACAUGAGCGAGGUGAACUAUCACACAGGUGAGAGUGAAGCAGAACAGCAUCAACAGUCACCAUCCCAAAAUACAGAUGAUGAAAAACCUGCCACUGCACAAGCACCACCAGUCUUCCCAGGUGACCCUUACCUCCCUUCCAAGACACACACAGCCAAAACGGAGCCUUCUGAUUGGCAGGACACAUCUAGUGAGGCAUCAUGGUCCACAUCUGAGAAACCUGAAACUACGCAGAAUGAGAAAGGAAUCAAAUGCCCACGCUGUCCAUUUAUCGCCCCGGCACAAUCUAAACUUGACUGCCAUCUUGCUGGCCAUGAGAACCUGAAGAGGUACAAGUGCCUGAUAUGUGGUAGAAGGUCCAACUGGAGCUGGGACAUACGCAAACAUAUCAAGCGUGACCACCCAACUGAACUGGAGACCCAGUUCACCCAUCUUACCAUGGAGGAGGCUCAGAAUACCAUUGGCGACUACUUGAAAAAUCAUCCUUUUGGCAAAGUGUCCCCUGUGCGUCUCCGUCAUGCCAAGAUCCCCCAGGUGACCCCAGCUCGUACCAAAGGCAAUGCACUACCCUCCCCUAAAACUGUGGGUUACAUCAAGCCCUACAAAUGCUCCGAGUGUGGAAGGAGAUCUAACUGGAAGUGGGACAUCAAUAAACAUAUAAGGGCAGCACAUUAUGGCACUGAAGCCCACGUCAUUAUCAUGUCUGUCGAGGAUGCAAAAACUCAGCCAAUUCCCCCAAUUUCCACCAAGAGGCAGAUCACAUCUCCAGCUACAAAGUAUGACCCAAACAACCUUAAACCUUUCCAAUGUGGGGGAUGUCCAUAUCGUUCUAACUGGCGCAGUGACAUAGCACGUCAUUUACGUCGUUCACAUGACCUGGAUACCAGUCACAUUAUUGUGCUUGAUGCCCAGACUGCUUCCUCAACCCUAGAAGACUACAAUAAUAUGUUCGCUGGAAAGAAAUUCUCCGAAAAACGUAUCACUAGCUCGGAGCACUUAAGAGGUACUCCAAACAAUACACCACCACCUACCAGAGAAGGGACUCCUUCACCAUUCUCAAGGGAAGGGACACCCUACUCCCAGGAGGGAUCUGUAUACUCAAACCCUCCUGAUAUCACUGGCCAAGACCUUGAUGAUACCACAGAUGAUUCAAAUGGUGCAGUUAACCUAUCAAAAGUCUCAAUGAUGUCUCCAAACUUGCCAAACUCUGGUGAAAAUAUCUCGCCAAGUCUUCCAGCUAAUGCCCAGCAGCAUUUUGAUGAGCAUAUAGAUAAUGCACUCAAGAAGGAAGAGAAUCAACCAAUGGAUUUCACCAGCACAGCCUCAAACACCAAACAAAUGAACAUUCAUGAAGGAGCUCAAAUGGAUACUUUUAUACCAUUUAGUGAUAUACAGAAAUCUCAGACCAGUGGGGGUGUAAAGAGAAAAGUCUGGCGCUGUAGUAAGUGUGACUACCGAAGCCAUAACAAAGUAGACGUCAUGAAGCAUCUCCAGAUACAUGCUAAGGACAAAGCAUACAAGUGCAAACUCUGCACUUAUUCAUCAAACUUUCGUAGUGCUGUGUAUCGUCAUCUUCGCUCUAAACAUCAGGCUAACAACUAUGACCAGAUGAUGGAUUUUGAUGAGACCCUCCAACAGAAUGAAAAUGAAGUGGAAGAGAUCACCGAAGAACAACAUCUUUCCCAGCUACAAACAUCCCAGAAUUCAAUCUCACAGAUGGAUCACGACAGCACGAAUUUGGUGAUUGAUUGUGCAGCAUCCUUUGAUGAUGAAAAACGUCAUCAUUGCACAAUAUGCCCAUAUAAGACAACUAAGCCUGGGAUGCUGCAGCUACACAUGUCAUACCACAAGCCCAGCCCACAGAACAUGUUUAAGUGUUCAUACUGCCCUUAUUAUGUCUCAGUGAAAAGAUUGCUUCAUCAGCAUACAAAGCUCCAUAUGGAGGAUGGUACCAUUGAUGAUGAUGCUCACAUCCCACCAAGCCAUCAAACCGCAUUGGAUCUUGCGACCAAGCAUGAUGAUGAUAACGAUGAUAUGGAUGAACCAGUUAACAAUGGAGAUGGUUUCCAAUGUACUGAUUGCCCAUAUAUAACUCGUAGUAAGAACGACAUUGCUUACCAUAGACAAUUCCAUUCUCCUAAUCCAUCAGCACCAUUCAAGUGUAAUAACUGUGACUACUGGGUCACCAUGAAAAGAUUGCUAGUUCAACAUGGUAAAGUUCAUAGUGAAGAGUACCAGCUGCGUGUGAAAGCUCUCAAAAAUGCCCUAAAUAAACCCACAGAUCCAGCAGCUCUCGAGUCAAUCGAAAUGGCCAAACUGAAACAAACCAUCAUCAAUGCCAAGGUCGCACCCAUUUCCUUACCCCCAGAUAUCAGCCCAAUGGAUGAUCCUUACAAGGCUAGCUCCUCAUUGAUGUCCAAACUGCACCGCUGUGCCAUCUGCCCUUAUAUCAGUCUAAACCACACCAAUUUGAUCCUUCAUGAGAGGGCACAUGGACAACAUAAGGAGGAUGGCUCUAAAUUUGGCUGUCCAUUCUGCGACUUCGCCACUGGAAACAAAACAAUGUUAGCUGUUCAUAUAAAAGUCCACUCCAACCAUUAUAAAGCAGGUAGUAUCAAUGAUGUUGAAGACCUGGAGGGGAAAGGUGCCAUCAGUGAGAACAGAGCUGUCUCUCCCAAAGCAACUGUUGUCUUCAGUGAUCCUGCUAUCUCACCAACAAGAGAGUUACUGGACAGUGGAGGCUUCUAUUUUAAGGUAGAUGAGACCACAGGAGAUACACAUCUGAACAAGGCAAACUUCAAGAAAUUUGUCUGUGAAAAAUGCCCAUAUGCAACUUCCAAGAAACUGUAUUAUGAACGCCACUUGAGUCUACAUGGAUCGAAAUUGAGAUUUGGAUGUGAGUUUUGUGAUUACAGCACACCUACUUUCAGUCAGCUUCAGACGCAUAAGUCCAUCCAUCUGACUCCCAAUGGUAACCUCCUUGCUGCCCAGAGUGUGUCUAACCUCCUCACCCAGCCUGAGAUACCCGCAGAUAUAGCGGCAACUGAGGUCAAUAUGUCUGAUAAAACAGUGAAAGAUGGCAGCCUACAUGACAACUUAGAGCUCUAUGAGAACUCGGAAUCAUUUGAAGAGCCAAAUGCUAGACUAUACAGGUGUAAUUAUUGCCCUUAUAACAGCCAGAGACGCGAUGGUCUGAUUUCGCAUGAAAAGUUCCAUAUAUCAAGAGGCACAUUCAAAUGUCCACAUUGUUCAUUCAGUGUUAACCAGCAACACCUGUUGAACCAACAUAUCAAUAUCCACUUCUCAAACCCAUCACUUGAUGCCAGGGCUGAACAGGUGGAGAACAGUGAACCCACAAAUGAUGAGACCACCCCUGAGUUCAUUGACAUCAAUGAUAUUCCUGUUGAAGAGAGGAAAAGAUGGCAACAUGAUGAGUCCAAAUCCAUGAUGCCUAAAGGGGAAUCAGUGCCUACUACAUCAAAUGCUAAACAUUGGCCUUUGGGGGUUCACAAGAGCUUAUGGAACACAAGAAAACUCACAAGAAUUAAUAAAUGCCAAGAAGUCAUGCCAUAGACUACAUAGUGCAGUGCCAUAUUAAACAAUACAGCAGUGCUUCUAUGAAGAACUAAACAGUGCCAGUACCAGACAGUACCAUAAUAGUACUAAACAGUACCUAAGUUAGAAAGAAGAUGUUUUUGUUAAGGAAACUAGAUACAGUUACAGUGCCUUCAGAAAAUGUAACCAUGGAUACUGAACAGUGCUUCAGUAGAUAUAAACAGUGCCGUAGUGAAAUCAAAACAGUGCCGUAGUGCAUACUAAACAAUACUGGAUCACAGUGGGAACUAUAUACCAUAAUUAUGCAUAAAUAUAUUGAUGGAAAUUAUAUCAGUGUACAACUGCAUACUUAUAUUUAUAUUGGUGCUUAAUGUGGAAAAUGUUGAUACUUUUAAGUUUUCAAGCAUAUUUCUAAUGUCAGAAUGUAAAUGUUCAAAAUGUAAAAGGUGCUAAUGAAAAAGUCAAGAACAAUGAAAUCCUAGAUGUAAAACGAGCAACAGUGAAAUCCUGGAUAAUGAAUAUAUUUUUUGAACUAGGAUUUAGGACAACAGUGCCUUCCUGCAUUAUAUGCAUUGUAAUAUACUGUACAGAUUUACACAUAUUUUAUAAUCAUAUACAUUAUAUAUUAAAUAUCAUGUACAGUGUAGAGUACAUUGAAAUCUUAUACUAAUAUCUAUGCAAAAUGUAAAACCAAGUUGAGGGGAGAAUAUUGUAUGCAUGAAGACUAUACAUUCCCCAGUUAGCACUAUCAAUAAAUAUUAUAUGCAAGAAUUCAAUAUGCAAUAUAGGGGGAGUUACAAAGGGGUAUUUUUCUCAGUCUACUACUCUCAAGUCAGUCAGACUGUCAAUUUCAUCUCUGCUCUUAAGGGAUUAAAGGAGGGAUUCCAGGGACAUUAUAGAAGAAGACCAGUCAGUGUAAGCAUACAGAGUAUGUCUAAAAGGCA